AUGUCAGGUGAUUCGAGCUUGUAUAGACUAGAAGGGACCGAUGCGAAUCAAAGCGGAGGUCUAGUCAUCCGUAAGAAAGCAUCAGACCACACUUUCAAGAAACCAGAGACGUCUAUGUUAGGGCUGGACAAGCUUGCAGAGCGUAAAAGGAAGGAACAAUCACAGGAACCUACAAGUUCCAAAUCCAGGUCCGAAGGAAAGGAUAGAAAAUAUCGGUCUUACGAAGAAGAGACUCCCACUCAUACCGGUGGCGUGAAUUACGAAGCGCAACGGAGACUAGAGUCGCGGCUCAAGCGUCAAAGAUUAAAUUCGGACGACAGGAAUUCAAGGAGUUCACACAGAGACCGCGAUAGACGGAGAGACAGAGACAGUAGAGCUCGAGACAGCACGAGACAAACGCCGCUUCGUUUCAAAGAUGAGCCGCAGACACCGAAGUUCCGGACUAAAGAUCCUACUUCCAAGAGUAAUUGGGACGACGACGAGGAUGAGGAGCCGAAGCGCUCAAGCUGGGAUCAUCCGACACCAAACAUCUAUGGCGCCAGGGACGGUCGCGACAGCGUCAGGAGCGAGUUUACUCCUUCUUACAAAUACAAUCCUUGGAACAAGGAUUUCAAGAACUCCGGCGCUACGCCGUUGAUAGACGGAGAAGAGAAAGAGAUGUGGGAAGAGGAGCAGCAAAGAUUGGAUAGGGAGUGGUACGCGUUAGACGAUGGGGAGAACAACGCUUUCGCCAACGUGUCCGAGGAAUAUACGCGGAAGAAGGAGAUGGAGUUGGAGGCGAGGAGACAAAAACGCGUCUCUGCGCAACAACGGCAAAUAAAUAAAGACAACGAGUUGUGGGAACGCAACCGUAUGCUAACGUCGGGAGUGGUGAGUUCCCUGGACCACGACGACGAUCCCGACGAUGAGGGAGAAGCGAGAGUGCACUUGCUAGUGCACAACGUGGUACCGCCGUUCCUUGAUGGACGUAUCGUGUUCACGAAGCAGCCGGAACCGGUAGUACCUGUGCGCGAUCCUACUUCCGACAUGGCUCUCGUAGCGAGAAAAGGCUCAGCGCUAGUCCGGGCGUAUCGUGAGCAAAAGGAGAGACGUAGAGCGCAGAAGAAGCAUUGGGAGCUGGCUGGCACGCACAUCGGCAACAUCAUGGGUGUGCACGACCGGCGCAAGGACGAUAAAGAGCUCACGGGACAGGAGACGGACUUUAAAGCGGGACAGAAGUACGCCCGACAUAUUGGAGCCGGUGAGGUGACGGGCGAAGCCAAACACAGGUCCAUUCAGCAUCAGAGGAGGAGUCUGCCUGUGUUCGCGGUGCGGCAGGAGCUGCUGAAUGUCAUCCGGGAGAACAAUGUGGUGGUAAUAGUCGGAGAAACCGGUAGCGGAAAGACCACACAAUUGACGCAGUAUCUUCACGAGGACGGCUACAGCUGCAACGGUAUAAUCGGCUGUACUCAGCCUAGGAGAGUCGCUGCUAUGUCCGUCGCGAAAAGGGUGUCCGACGAGAUGGCCACCGCUCUAGGCGACAAGGUCGGAUAUGCGAUACGUUUUGAAGACUGUACUUCUAAAGAUACGGUAAUCAAGUAUAUGACUGAUGGUAUUCUGCUGCGAGAGAGUUUGAGGGAAGGAGAUCUGGAUCGUUACAGUGUGAUUAUAAUGGACGAAGCUCAUGAACGGUCCCUUUCUACUGAUGUAUUAUUUGGUCUCCUCAGAGAGGUCGUUGCCAGGCGACAUGAUCUGAAGCUGAUCGUGACUUCCGCGACGAUGGACUCCAGCAAGUUUUCCGCUUUCUUUGGCAACGCGGCGACGUUCGAAAUACCUGGACGAACAUUUCCUGUGGAAGUGCUACACGCGAAGAACCCGGUUGACGAUUACGUGGAUGCCGCUGUGAAGCAAGUCUUGCAGAUCCAUCUGCAGCCCAAGAGCGGCGACGUAUUAGUCUUCAUGCCCGGUCAAGAGGACAUCGAGGUUACCUGUGAGGCUCUGAAGGAACGUUUGGCCGAAAUUGAAUCGGCACCGCCUCUCUCAAUAUUGCCCAUUUAUUCGCAAUUACCAUCGGACCUGCAAGCAAAGAUCUUUCAACGUUCUGAAGGAGGUCUCCGCAAAUGCGUUGUGGCGACUAACAUCGCGGAAACAUCUCUAACGGUCGACGGGAUCGUCUUCGUCGUCGAUUCGGGAUAUUGUAAAUUGAAGGUGUACAAUCCACGGAUAGGUAUGGAUGCUUUGCAAGUGUAUCCUGUAUCGAGAGCCAACGCCGAUCAAAGAUCAGGUAGAGCGGGUCGUACCGGCCCUGGUCAAUGUUACCGAUUGUACACACGAAGGCAAUACUUGGACGAGCUAUUGCUGACCGGAGUCCCCGAGAUACAACGCACGAACUUAGCUAACACAGUGCUGCUGUUGAAGUCUUUAGGAGUUCAAGAUCUAUUAGCCUUCCACUUUAUGGAUCCACCACCGCAGGACAAUAUCUUGAAUUCAUUGUAUCAGUUGUGGAUCUUGGGCGCACUGGAUCACACUGGACGCUUGACUCCUCUCGGACGACAGAUGGCUGAAUUUCCUCUGGAUCCACCGCAAUGCCAAAUGCUUAUAGUCGCCUCCCAGCUCGGCUGUACCGCAGAUAUCCUCAUUAUAGUUUCUAUGCUCUCGGUACCGUCGAUCUUCUAUCGGCCGAAGGGACGCGAAGAGGACUCUGAUUCGGCGCGAGAAAAAUUCCAGGUGCCAGAGUCCGAUCAUCUAACGUACUUAAACGUGUACAACCAAUGGAAAGCGAAUGGAUACUCGAGUUCCUGGUGCAACGAUCACUUCAUUCACGCGAAGGCAAUGCGUAAAGUACGAGAAGUACGGUCGCAGCUCGAGGAGAUCUUGAAGCAGCAGAAGAUGGACGUGGUCAGUUGCGGCACCGACUGGGACGUCGUACGAAAAUGUAUUUGCUCGGCGUACUUCCACCAAGCAGCACGCCUCAAAGGUAUCGGCGAGUAUGUCAACUGCCGUACCGGGAUGCCGUGCCACCUUCAUCCCACUUCGGCACUCUUCGGCAUGGGCUUCACGCCCGACUACGUCGUCUAUCACGAGCUCGUGAUGACAGCCAAGGAAUACAUGCAGUGCGUCACAGCGGUGGACGGCCAUUGGCUGGCCGAGUUGGGCCCCAUGUUCUUCAGCGUAAAGGAGACCGGUCGAAGUGGCCGUGCCAAGCGGCGACAAGCGAUGCAGCACUUGCACGAGAUGGAGCAUCAGAUGAAGGAAGCCGAAGAGGAAAUGAAGGCACGCGCUCAGGAACAGCUCGAACGCGAACAGGCGUCGGUCCGGAAGAAGGAGAUUCUAACGCCUGGCAUCAGGGAGCCGGGCACACCCGCUCCUUAUCGCAACACUCCCGGAAGAUUGGGAUUGUAAUCGAUUCUCUUAUGUACAUAACGUCCACAGACAUGUUGUCGCACAUGUUUGAUCUGCCAGUUACAGUUUAAUAUAUAGUUCAUUGUCGCGACAUUGUGAUAAAAUUUUCUUAAAAGAAAAGAAAACUGAGCAGUAUUGAUCAAAUCCUCAAGAUCUUUGCGUUGUUGCUUAAUUAGAUUGCCGUCCCCCUUGAAGCAUCAA